CGCUUCGCGUCAGAGCACUUCGCGCCAAGAGAUGGGAUGGUUCCAUUUCUGUCUCCCGUCAAUCAAAUCGAUCCAUCACUCCCGCAAUCAAUCAUGAAUGCCCAUGCCACUCGCUCGUUGUUGCGGAGGCAAUUGCCUACUGGGGGUAAGCAAAUCAGCAGAAAUGCUGUUGGCAAUCAGUACAGGUGUUUUUCCUGCUCGGUGAAGAAGAGUCAACAGCCGCAAUCUACGCCGCCUCCGCCUCCGCCAAAAAGUUCGACAGGCACGACGCACUUUGGGUUCGAGACUAUUGAAGAGGCGUUGAAGGAGCAAAAAGUGGCCGGCGUCUUCUCUUCCGUUGCCUCCUCGUACGAUACCAUGAACGAUCUCAUGUCGCUCGGAAUCCACCGCCUCUGGAAAGACCACUUUAUUCGAAAUCUCAACCCCGGCCGAAACCCGCUUACGUCCAACACUGCGCAGGAGAAGGGAUGGAACAUUUUAGACAUUGCAGGAGGAACGGGCGACAUCGCUUUUGGAAUGCUGGACCACGCCUCCACGAUCAAUAACGAUGCGCAUACAAAAGUCACGGUCGCCGACAUCAACCCUCAAAUGCUGGCGGAAGGAAGGAAACGAGCGCUCGCAACACCAUACGCGCGAUCCGAUCGAUUGAGAUUUGUUGAAGCCAACGCCGAGAAGCUCGACAUGAUUCCGGAUAACAGCAUCGACCUAUACACUGUCGCUUUCGGAAUUAGGAACUUUACACACAAGGACGUUGCCCUCCGCGAGGCCUACCGGGUAUUGAAGCCUGGAGGUGUGUUCGCUUGCCUAGAGUUUUCCAAAGUGAGGAAUCCAGUCUUCGACGCCAUCUACAAACGCUGGAGUUUCAGUGCUAUUCCCCUCAUUGGUCAAUUAGUGGCAGGCGAUAGAGACAGCUACCAAUACCUCGUCGAGAGUAUCGAGAGGUUCCCAUCUCAGACGGAGUUCAGAGACAUGAUCAAGGAUGCGGGAUUCAUGAUUCCCGGACAGGGCUGGGAGGACUUGACAGAUGGAAUCGCAGCUAUACAUAAAGGUGUAAAGCCUGCGUAA